UGAAUUUGUUUGUGUUCAAAACCGGUAUAAACAUUGUUUUAACAGAAUUUAGUUAAAAUAUAACACGAUGUUAACGUGUCGAAUUUGCUUAACAACUAAAGAAAGUGAUAAUAUAACCGAUUCAUCGUGCUAUUCCAGACUUUUCAUUCAAAUUUUGGCUUUAAAAAACUUCAAUGAAACACUAUUCCUUUGUAUGUGGUGUAAAGCCACAUUAAGAAGAACUAUGGCUCUCCUGAAUUUAGCUUCGAAAUCACAAGAAAUAUUACAGACUCAGAUUGCUCCCAAUUAUCCUGUAAAACAAAAAAGCAUACAUACAUUAAAUACCAUACAAAAUUUUUGUAUAGACAUACCACCCAAGGAAGGUAUGACAAAAAAACAAAAAGAGACAGACAUAGAAGAAUAUGAAAUAGCAAUAUAUUCAUCUAAAGAUACUAAACAAGCUAAAAUAAAUAAUGACACACAAUUCGAAUUUCACGAAAUAACUGACAAUUAUACGAAAGAUUCCAUAUUUGAAAAUGAUUUGACAUUGACAGCUACGAAGAUUGAAGUAACGGACAAUUCGAAAGAUUCCAUAUUUGAAAAUGAUUUGACAUUGACAGUUGCACAGAAUAAAAAUAAAAAACAAGAUGUAGAUUAUAAAGAAUAUAAUUUUGAAACUAUAUUUUUGGACAUAAACGAGCAAUUAAAAGAGGUUGAAUUGAAAAAGGCGAAAUGUAAGGAUUUUGAAUUUGCUUGUGAAGAGUGUGGUUUGGGAUUUUUGACUAAAGAUGUGUUGGAUGAUCAUAAAGUUAGGCAUACUAAGCUAUCAGGCCCCUACAAAUGUGUACUCUGUGCCCUACACUUUAAGUCUCAAGAUGUACUAACCCAACAUAGAUUGUCACACAGACGGAGAUUCAAGUGUCUACGGUGCUCAUAUAUGUGCAAACGUUGGGCCCAAUGUUUGUCGCAUAGGACCAAGUGUGGCGGGAUUGUCGAACCAACCAUUUGUAGGGAAUGCUCUAAAAUAUUCAACAACGAACAUUCUCUGAAAAUCCACAUGAAACUACAUAAGACUGAGAGGAAAUACUGCUGUGCUGAAUGUGGCAAGAAAUUCAUGAGUAAACACCAUUUGAAAGUGCAUAUCAGAUCACACUCCGGUAUAAAGCCAUUCUCCUGCUUGCAAUGUUCACGCUCGUUCUCAACAAGAUCGAACCUGCGUGCCCACAGUGCGGUGCACACACAGGACCCACUGCACUACUGCGUAGAAUGCCACAUUUACUAUAAGUCUGAGAAGAGUUUGAAACGACAUUUUAAAGUGUCGGCGAAACAUGCGACUGUGGGGAAUAAAUUAUAUCCAUGUAAGGAGUGCACAAAAGAGUUUUCGACUGAAAAGUUACUGAAUUCUCACAUCAAUUCACGACAUGAUACAGAAUACAAGUGUCCACAGUGUGAUAAGACAUUCUCAAAUAAUUCCAACUUGAAGAAACAUAUCAAAUGUAUUCAUAUAACAAAAUAAUUAAUAUUUUAAUUGUGAACUUUUACAAAUAAAUUAAUGAAUAAGUAUCUAAAAGAAAUAAGUA